UACACCUUGCUUCAGACGUUGAUAAAGCUCAUCCUCUCCACAGAAAACAGCAAAAUCAGAAUGAACAAACUCGUUCAUCCUCUACUGAAAUCUAGCAUGGUUAUAUGCCAUGGGUUGUUUGGAUCAAAACAAAAUUGGAAAACUAUGUCACAUGCCUUUCAUAAAAAGCGGUGCGGAUCGAUCUGUACAACGGAUUUGCGAAACCAUGGCCAAAGUCCCCAUUCACCGGACAUGAGCUAUGUACAGAUGGCCGGUGAUGUCAUCCACCUCUCAAACACACUGGAUUUACACAACUUAUGUCUUGUCGGUCACAGCAUGGGCGGCAAGACUGCGAUGUGUGCCGCUUUGUUGAAGGUAUGCCGCGCACCAGCCAUAAUCAUUUUGUCCAAAAAAGCCAGAAAAGUUUCAACAACUUGUGGUGAUUGA